UCAGUACAGAUGCUACGCAGCUGUGUACGGACACUGUUGAGAGGUCAUUCAGUACAGAUGCUACACAGCUGUGUAUGGACACUGUUGAAAGGUCAUUCAGCACAGAUGCUACGCAGCUGUGUACUGACCCUGUUGAGCGGUCAUUCUGUACAGAUGCCACACUGCCAUGUACAGGUAUUGUUACUGAUGCUACCCAACUUUGCACUAAUACUCUUGAAGUUCCAUCACAGACAGAUGCCACUCAACCUUUAGCUGAAAAUCAAUCACUAUACCCACCAAUAAAAGAUGGAAGCAGAUUGUUGACCAAAGUCACAAAAUUUUAUUCUACUGGAGACUUUUCCUUCCAUGAUGUACAGGAUGAUCCUUGCCGUUCCUUUUCACCCAAUUUGAAGACGUCUUUAAAUGAAUCUCUUCAACAUGGAAACUGUAGCAUCACAAUUUCAAACUAUUCUAUAAACGGAGAAGACAAUGCAGCCCUUCUUUUUUGUAAUUCCACUUCAGUUUGUAAUACUAUUUCUGACAUAAAUAACCAUUUUCAGAUCCCCGAAGACAGUUCUAUGCUGUUUAUGGACAACAAAAAAUCUGUCGUAGAAAAACCAAAAUUCCUGCGAAGGUCUUCAGAAUCUGUAGUGGGCAAAUUAGGCAGCAACUUGAAUUCUAAAGACUCAGAACCAAUUGUUAUUGAAGAUGAUGAUGAUAAUAGUAAUAAUGAUAAUAAUAAAAAUAAUAAUGAUAAUAAUAAUAUAAUCGAUUUUGUAAAUUCUUCAAGUCCUGAUCAGGUUCUCAAAAAUAGUUCCCUGAUAUCAAAUCAUUGUUUAAAUCCAACCAAAACAGAAACUGCUUCUCAGCAUCUUGAGAAUUUGUCUGAAAGUCAGUCAGACAUCACAGUUUCAAAGAACACAGUAGUAGAGUUUCAUGGAUCAAAGACGCCAGGAGGUGAUUUAGUAAUGCAAGAAUUACCUGUCUUUAACAAGGAUCCCGAAGAAGACGCAAUUCCAUACUCAUCGUUUGAAGAUAAUUCUUCAAUUAUGGAUGCUGUUUAUAACUUAACACCCGAGUCUCUGAAUUCUUUCAGUGAAAGCAGGGUGGGGAAUUUUGAACUCAUCUCUUCUCUUUUAGACAAUUCUUCUGAAUCCAAGUUGGAUUCUGAUUCUCCUAAAAUUUCUGAAAACAUGAAGACUCAUAUAUUCAACUCGACAACUAAUUCUGGUUAUAAACACCAGAUGGAAAUUAAAUAUUCUUGUCGGAAGAACUCUCUGACCAAUUUGCCUAAGAAUUCACGUUUUAUUUUGUCUCCUUACAUCAGUUCUGUAGAGAAGACAUUAAGUCCUCUGAAAUCUCUAAAUAAUGAUGCCAGUUUUUCUUACAAUACAACAGUUGGUUCAAAUGAAAUGUCUGGUGCAGUACCAAAUUCUUUUGCUUCUGUUCUUCAAGAAAAUUUAAGAACUGGAUUUAAUAAUAAAUUGGUUUUUAAAUCUUCAAAAGAGUCUGCAGGUUUAGAGAAUGAAAACACUAAACUCAAGUCUCUGCAUGAAGGAAAUAUAAGUUCAUUGUCUUGUGAAAAUAUUCAUAGCAGUCCAAACCAAACUUCAUUUCUGCAGGGAGGUUCUUCAACGUAUGAAGAGAUGAGUUACCUUUCUGGUUUUGAUGAUUCUUUCUCCCCAUUUGAUGUCACCAAAACGAUAACUCUGAGAUCAAUUAAUCAGAAUAAGCCAGUAAAAUGCUGUUGGGAUUAUCUAAAUCUAUCUCUUAAUUCUUCAGAUAACUCUGAUGACACAUUCGAUAAUUACAAGAGCAGUGUUAAGAUGAACACAGAUGUUGAUCUCAAAGACAGUUGUGAUACAGAUGACUCCAAACUAGAAUCAAAAUUGAACCCUGCAUCACCACUUCCUCUUGUAAUGAGGCUGGGAAAACAUUUCAAUGCACAACGAAUAAGGAACUUCAAGAAAUAAUAUUUAUUUAGGCACCACCAGCAUCUCCACCCUUAUACUACCCACAAUAUAGUCCCUGUGACAAGGCCUGGAACAAAUUCAAUGAAUGCAUAAAACGACUGUAUGGUGUAAAGUUCCACUUCACAGCCAUGUUUUCAGCUUCAACAGAACUGUGCAACACCUUCAGCUGUUGUCUUCUACUUUAACCCCUGGUCAACCAAAGUCUCGUGAUUGAAAUUUGAUAGACAGAAAUUUUUUUGCUGAUCAUCAGAGAUCAUUUCUGUGUUUUUGGUGUGGUAGUGUCUAGUCUCUUGAUUAAACACCAUUACCUCUUCUUUCACUACUCUCCAUGGAAUCUGCUCAGUUGCCAGCCUUUGAGAAUGGCUUCUUUCUAAUAGUCUCAGAGCUCAAGAGUACUACUCUUCUUCUUAUAAGUAAGUAAAUCCAAAAACAAAAGCAACAAAAAAAGCCAAAGAAAAAACACAAAUAUUAUCAUAACCACUUACUCACACCAUUAUAAUUAUCAUUAUCAUUAUCAUUUUGUAUUUACAUUCAUAUUAUUUAAUAUGACUUUAUUAAGUCUGUAAAAUGUAUUUUCUUAAUUCCAACUCUUCUUUUGGAUUUUGGGCAUUAAUUAAUUAGUAAUUGUAUGAUUUUAAUAAGUGCUCACUCCUUAAAAUGGUACUUAUUUUAUCGACCCCUGAAAGGCUGAAAGGCAAAGUUGACCUUGGUGGAAUUUGAACUCAGAACAUACAGAUACGAAAUGCCACUCUUCAUUUUGCCCAGCAUGCUAAUAAUUCUGCCAACUUGCAGAAUGAGUUAACACAACUUUUCGGCUGAUAUACCCUCCAGACUUCAUCAGGUGUCUUGGGGAAAUUUCGAACCUGGGUUCUCAUUCCUAAGGUAUUUUUCAAUGUUAUUAUUAUUAUUAUUAUUCAGGUCACUGCCUGGAAUUGAACUUGGAAUCUUGGGGUUAGUAGCCUGUGCUCUUAACCACUAUGCCAUAUGGCGUCAAAUGUAAAUAAUGUACAUAAUUCCUCAUCUCUCUAAUACAGAACUGUAAAACACAAUUUGUAGGAAAUAGCUUGAAGUUUUAUUGAAAUAUGUCAGUGUGUAACUCAAUGAAACAGGGGGAAAAAAAACAAAGGACAAACUGUUUUGGUUCAUGAAAAUAUUUCAGCAGAAAAAGAAAAAAAAUAUACAAGAAAUUAAUAAUAAUAAUAAUAAUAAUAAUAAUGAUAAUGAUUUAGGCUUCAUGAAAUUGAAUCACACAGUAAUAAGAAUUGACUAUAUACAUGUAUAUAUAUAUAUCUACACACAUACAUAUAUAUAUAUAUAUAUAUACACAUAUUUACACAUGUAUGUAUAUAUAUAUAAAUAUAUAUACACACAAUUAUAAUUGUCAUCAGCUGUGUUAUCCAUUACAGUGCUUUCUUUUUUCGGUGUUUCACCAAUAAUCAUGUUUAUUGCAAAUUAAAUUUUUAAAACCUGUUUUGUUUACAAUCUGGUGAAAAGAAACUUUACUGCCCCACUCUUUUCUCUAAAAUUCUUUGUGACCUCAGGUUUGGUUAAAUCUUGACCCUGGUCAGUAAUAAAUGGUUUCUA